CACCGUCUCGCCACCGAAUCCCGAUAUUUAUUUUUCUUGCGUUCCAGUCCCCAGGCUUCGAGUUAUUUCCUAGCCUGGUGCUCGCUCGUCUCGCGCGGCGGCGGCGUAGGAGGGUUUGCGUCGGCUCUCUUGCGAGCUAGGGUUUCGAGGUUUAGGGCUAGGGGAGAGAUGGAGGAGGUGACGGAGGGAGUCAAGAACCUGGCCGUGACGGAGCCGCACAAGAAGAACCGGAUCCAGGUCUCCAACACCAAGAAGCCGCUAUUCUUCUAUGUCAACCUCGCCAAGAGGUACAUGCAGAUGCAUAACGAGGUGGAACUCUCCGCCCUCGGCAUGGCUAUCGCCACUGUGGUGACGGUUGCUGAAAUUCUUAAAAAUAAUGGCCUUGCUGUUGAAAAGAAGAUCAUGACAUCAACUGUUGAUGUCAACGAUGAAUCAAGGGGCCGCCCGAUGCAGAAGGCUAAGAUUGAAAUAGUGCUCGGCAAGACCGAGAACUUCGAUGAGCUGAUGGCUGCUGCCGCGGAGGAGAGGGAAGUGGCAGCUGCCGAGGACGGCGAGGAGCAGGCCUAAUAAACUAUUUUGAGUCGGCUGUUGUAGCUUUUAUUUAGUACUUGCUGCUAGGUUGUGUUAAAUCUUCUCUUGGCCAGCAAGAGAUAGGUACUUGUGUAAUCAAAGAGUUCUUCGUAUUUGAUUUGUUCCUGUGGUAGUUUAUGUUCAUGGUAUGCUGGUUCACUCGCAUGAUAUUCGUUUUAUUAUGUGGUAUAUACUUUA